AUGGCUGGUGUUACUGAAGGUGAAGACACCAAAGUAAUUGAAUCAAAAAUCAAUGAAUUAAACAUUGAUAAACCUAAACUUGAAGACAACAAUGAAGCCAAAGGCAAUGGCAACGGCAAUGAAAGUGGUGAUGAUGAUGAUGAUGAUAAAGAAGAAGAUGAUGAUAAUGAAAUAACUGAACCAUCUACUUCUACAGCAUCGGGUGAUGAAAAGAAGAAGAAGAAUAAAAAUAAAAAGAAGAAAAAGAAGAAGAUUGUAUCUAUAGAUUCAUCAUAUCCUGAAGGAAUUUUCCCUGAAGGUCAAUGGAUGGAAUAUCCAUUAGAAGACAUAAAUUCAUAUCGUACUACAUCAGAAGAAAAGAGAUAUUUAGAUCGACAACAAAAUAAUAAAUGGCAAGAUUUCCGUAAAGGAGCGGAAAUUCAUCGUCGAGUAAGACAUAAAGCUCAAUCAAGUAUUAGACCAGGGAUGACAAUGAUUGAAAUUGCCAAUUUAAUUGAAGAUUCCGUACGUAAUUAUUCUGGUAAUGAUCAUACUUUAAAAGCUGGUAUUGGAUUCCCAACGGGGUUAUCAUUAAAUCAUGUAGCUGCUCAUUAUACUCCUAAUACUGGAGAUAAAUUAAUUUUGAAAAAAGAUGAUAUAAUGAAAGUUGAUAUUGGGGUUCAUGUUAAUGGACGUAUUUGUGAUUCAGCAUUCACCAUGACAUUUAAUGAAGAUGGGAAAUAUGAUACGAUUAUGCAAGCUGUUAAAGAAGCGACAUAUACGGGGAUUAAAGAACUGGGUAUUGAUGUUAGAUUAAAUGAUAUUGGUGCUGCUAUUCAAGAAGUUAUGGAAUCAUAUGAAAUGGAAGAAAAUGGGAAAACUUACCCCAUUAAAUGUAUCAAGAAUUUAAAUGGUCAUAAUAUUGAUGAUUUUGUUAUUCAUUCAGGAAAAUCUGUCCCUAUUAUAGCUAAUGGAGAUAUGACAAAAAUGGAAGAAGGAGAAACUUUUGCUAUUGAAACAUUUGGAUCCACUGGUAAUGGUUAUGUCUUACCCGAGGGAGAAUGUUCUCAUUAUGCCAUGAAUAAAGGAGUUGAACAUUUAAAACCACCUUCAGAAAGAUCAAAACAAUUAUUAGAAACUAUUAAACAAAAUUUCGGUACUUUACCAUGGUGUCGUAGAUAUUUAGAACGAACUGGUGAAGAAAAAUAUUUGUUUGCAUUAAAUCAAUUGGUUAGACAUGGUAUUGUCGAAGAAUAUCCUCCAAUUGUUGAUAAAAGAGGUAGUUAUACUGCUCAAUUUGAACAUACUAUUUUAUUACAUCCUCAUAAAAAAGAAGUUGUCACCAAAGGUGAUGAUUAUUAA